AAAAGAGAAGAGAAAGGCUGAAAGCAAUGCGAAUGGAAGCUGCUCAGAGUGGUGCAGAUAGUAAAGGUGGGAAUUCUUCUCAGACACAAGGCCUCCCUAAUCCAUUGCUUCAAACAGCUGCAACUAACCAAGAAUCAUGUCCUCAGAGGUUUGGUUACUCCACAGACCCAAUGGCAGCAUUUUCAGGGAAUAACAGGAGCAAGGUCAGCCAGAAUAUUGCACAGGAACAUCUUGCACCUUCAGUACAACAGAUUACUCCUUGGCCCCUUCCAAGUCAAGGUAAGUAUCAACAACAGGAAUCUGUCUGGAGUCCAAUGGGAAUGGUUCGUCCUUCUGGCAUGCAGCCUGGAACACCUCAUGGUGCCUGGAAUGGACCUGGUUCCACAUAUGGCUACAACAUUCAAAUUUUAUCAUAAUUCAAAUUUCUUAGAAAAAUCUCAUUAUAAGAUCGACUCAGAGAGAAUAUGCAUGCCUUCUUAAUUAGUAUAAUAGCACAGAGAAAAAUACCAAGUGCUGUGAUAUAUUUAAACUUUUAGUUUUGUUUGUAAACAAGUAUUAUUU